GCUAGCGGGAGAGAAGGCUGCAGCGCUCAGACCACAGACCCUCAUCUGUGGUGAGCAGAGACAGCGAGAGAUCUCCGGUAGGACAUAUGCUCAUCCGCAAAGGUGAAGCAGACUCUGCUGUGGUCAGCACUGAAAGGGGCCUGUGAGGAGGAGCUCUGUACAGGCUCAUAUUUCCCCUUUUCUUUGUGAAACCGAAGAAUAUUCUCCAGUGAAGAUGGGCAAUCGGGGAAUGGAGGAGUUGAUUCCUCUGGUGAACAAGCUGCAGGACGCCUUUUCUGCAAUCGGACAAAAUGCCAAUCUGGACCUUCCCCAAAUCGCUGUGGUCGGAGGUCAGAGUGCUGGGAAAAGCUCGGUUUUGGAGAACUUCGUUGGAAAGGAUUUCCUACCCCGAGGCUCUGGCAUUGUCACUCGUCGGCCCCUGGUGCUGCAGCUCAUCAACUGCCCUACAGAGUAUGCAGAGUUUCUUCACUGCAAAGGGAAAAAGUUCACUGAUUUCGAUGAGGUGCGUCAGGAGAUCGAGGGAGAGACUGACCGCAUCACUGGCCAGAACAAAGGGAUCUCUCCAGUACCCAUCAACCUGAGAGUCUAUUCCCCUAAUGUCCUGAACCUCACUCUGGUGGACUUGCCUGGGAUGACCAAAGUGCCGGUAGGAGACCAGCCGGCCGAUAUCGAGUCCCAGAUCAGGGACAUGAUCAUGCAGUUUGUUACCAAGGAGAACUGCCUACUGCUGGCCGUCUCGCCUGCCAACUCUGACCUUGCCAACUCAGACGCCCUCAAGAUCGCCAAGGAAGUGGAUCCUCAAGGACUGAGAACGAUUGGUGUUAUUACUAAACUUGACCUGAUGGAUGAGGGCACGGAUGCUCGUGAAAUCUUGGAGAAUAAGCUUCUUCCUUUGCGCAGAGGCUACAUUGGGGUAGUGAACCGCAGUCAGAAGGAUAUCGAUGGCAAAAAGGACAUCACUGCUGCCAUUGCAGCUGAGAGGAAGUUCUUCCUCACCCACCCAUCCUAUCGCCACCUGGCUGAACGCAUGGGCACACCUUACCUGCAGAAAGUCCUCAAUCAGCAACUGACCAACCACAUUCGAGACACGCUGCCAGGGUUGAGGAACAAGCUGCAGAGCCAGCUGCUGUCCAUCGAGAAGGAGGUGGAGGAGUACAAGAACUUCCGCCCAGACGAUCCGUCUCGCAAGACUAAAGCUCUGCUGCAGAUGGUUCAGCAGUUUGCUGUGGACUUUGAGAAGUGUAUUGAAGGCUCUGGGGAUCAGAUUGACACCUAUGAGCUGUCGGGGGGAGCCAGAAUCAACCGUAUCUUCCAUGAGCGCUUCCCAUUUGAACUGGUCAAGAUGGAGUUUGAUGAAAAAGAACUGCGUAAGGAGAUCAGCUAUGCUAUUAAGAACAUCCAUGGUAUCAGGACUGGUCUCUUUACCCCAGACAUGGCCUUUGAGACAAUUGUGAAGAGGCAGAUCGCUAAGAUUAAAGAGCCAUGUCAGAAGUGUGUGGACUUGGUCAUCUCUGAGCUGGUCAAUACAGUCAGGCAGUGCACUAAGAAGCUGGCCCAGUACCCAAUGCUAAGAGAGGAGAUGGAGAGGAUUGUCACACAGCACAUACGUGAUAGAGAGAGUCGCACCAAGAAUCAGGUGAUGCUUCUCAUUGACAUUGAGCUGGCCUAUAUGAACACCAACCAUGAGGAUUUCAUUGGAUUUGCUAAUGCCCAGCAGAGAAGCAGUCAGAUGAGUAAGAAGAAAGCUGCAGGAAAUCAGGACGAGAUAAUGGUGAUCAGGAAGGGCUGGCUAACCAUCAAUAACAUUGGCAUCAUGAAGGGAGGAGCGAAGGAGUACUGGUUUGUGCUGACUGCUGAGACUCUGUCAUGGUACAAAGAUGAUGAGGAGAAAGAGAAGAAAUACAUGCUGCCUGUGGAUAACCUGAGGCUCAGAGACAUUGAGAAAAGCUUCAUGUCCAGCAAGCACAUCUUUGCUCUAUUCAACACUGAACAAAGGAACGUGUAUAAGGACUACAGGCAGUUGGAGUUGGCCUGUGAGACACAAGAUGAGGUGGACAGCUGGAAGGCCUCAUUCCUGCGUGCUGGCGUUUAUCCAGAACGCAUCACAGACAAAGAAAAGCAGAGUGAAGCCAGUGAGGAGAAUGGCUCAGACAGCUUCAUGCACUCCAUGGAUCCUCAGCUGGAGAGGCAGGUAGAGACCAUCCGUAACCUGGUGGACUCUUAUAUGGCGAUUGUCAACAAGACUGUCCGUGAUCUCAUGCCUAAGACCAUCAUGCACCUCAUGAUCAACAAUACUAAAGAAUUCAUCCAUGCGGAGCUGCUAGCCCAGCUCUACUCGUGCGGAGACCAGAACACUCUGAUGGAAGAGUCAGCCGAGCAGGCGCAGCACAGGGACGAGAUGCUGCGUAUGUAUCACGCACUCAAAGAGGCCCUCAACAUCAUUGGGGACAUCAGCACCACCACUGUCUCCACUGCUCUGCCCCCACCAGUGGAUGAUUCCUGGCUGCAGGUGCAAGGAGGACCCUCAGGACGCAGGUCCCCCAUGUCCAGCCCUACACCUCAGCGCCGGGCCCCACCUGGACCUCCUCGUCCUGGUGGUCGUACUGCUCCAGGGCCCCCCGCUGCUGGAGCCCCACCUGUCCCCUCCAGACCUGGAGCUUCCCCUGACCCCUUCAGCGGCCCCCCACCCCAGGUGCCCUCCCGCCCCAACCGUGCUCCCCCAGGUGUACCCAGCCGUCCGAACAAAGGGAGCCCUUCUCACGGAGAGAGCCCUCAUCCUUCGUUUGAGUCGUAGAACCCAACAUCAACCUCCCUCCCUCCCUCUUCUCCUCUCCCUCUCUCUCUACUGCCUUUCCUCUGAUCAAGAGGACGUUGAAAAGUGUGGACACAAAAAGGCCUGGAACAUCUUAGGUGCUGUGUGGCUGGCUGUAUGUGUCAGCUAUGAGCUAAAAUCUGUUUACAGUACUUACGAGUUGUGUGCGAUUUGAUCCAGAGGAGAUGCAGAGGGAAUUUAGCAGGGAUUACGGGAGAACUGAGGAGUCUUUCUGUCUGUGCCCUAAGCUACUCACUUUGUCAAAGGCGUCUGAGUGGAAUGCCCAGUGUGGACUUGUAUCACCGUGUCAAGUCACCUGCAGUGUUACUUGUACUGAAGAUGCUGUGCAGUGUUUCUAUGUUUACACAAUAGAUAAUGUCAAAGUGUUCUAUAUUGAGCUGUCACUUAAGGAAUACUCACAGCACGCUUUUGCAUAGUUAAUACCGCCAAUUCAGGCUAGAGGACAUGUGCAGCUCUCCUGUUUUAUUCUUCCUUCCAUGGCUGAUGGAAGUAUAACCUUAGCUAUUUCGUGGUGCUUAAUGUUUAAAGUCAGAAAUGUAAUUUAAACCACACAAUGUUCAUUUUUUGUCCUCAGUCUAGGAUCAUUUGUAUUGCCAAACAAGCUGAAAAUGCUAAUGCGGCUAACGAUGAAUGAAAGCUGUUGGAUUACAGAGGUGGGUAGUCAUUAGUUAACAUGUACUUGAAUGUACUGAAUUUUGAUUCUUCUGUGAGUAUUUUCAAAUGAUAAUACUUGUACAGCUACUUAAGUAUUUGUGAAGAAAGUAAUCUGCUUUAUAUUCAGUUCCUCGGGGGUAAUUUAGCCAUUCGCACUUAAGAAGAAUUCACAUUCCUUUUUCUUAAUUUAAUUUUAUUCUGUUGUGUUGGUUCAGCGCUUGGACUACUUUUCUGUUGCUCACCCCUGUCACUUCAGAGCGUUAGCAUUUCAUUUAAGACCAAAAAGGCCCCAAAAGGAGAAAAAUAGCACCUAGCAAGCUAGAUGUGCUAAUGCUAAAAAGUUUCACUGUGGUUCUCAGUACACUUUGACCUUUUUAACCCUACUCUAGUUCUUUUUUGUGACUUUUCCUUCUACUUGAGUCAUUAUUUCAUCGAAGGAACAAUACUUUUACUUGAGUAAGAGUUUAGGCUACUCUACUCACCUCUGGUUAGUUAGCAUUAUGCAAAUGAAAUCAUGCUAACUGGUCCCCAUUUGCUUUCUUUCACUGUCAGCCACAUACUCAUUUUUAGCGUUGAAGUGAAGUAUUCCUUUGAAUGAGAUGUAAAUAUGUUGGAAUAUGUAUUGUGCAAUGUGUCUGAUGGAGAAAUUGCAUCAAAACUAUGUUGAAGUCAAAAUGAGUGUUAUCAGGAUUUAUAGAAAACGUCUGUUUGUUUGUUUAAUUUAAUGAAACAUGGCUGGAAGGAACCAUUUCUAAAAAGAACUUUGGAAAGAAUAUUUUAAAAAGCAGAGUGAAUGAAAAGUUAAGAAACCAGUCAGUCUCUUACACAAAUCUGGGUAAUAUUGGCUAUUAUGCUAUUUUUCAGUGUUAUAUGCAGGUUUGUAAUGUAUUGGUGUGUGUUUGUGGUGCAUCUUUGGGAAUUGUGCUUCUGUUACUUUGUGUCCACAAUAAUUGUAUGUACAAUAACUAAAUAUCAGAUCUAAAACUCAAAGAAGUGACUGUAAAGAGAUGAGUGCUAUGUGUGUAUAUUAUGAGGCCUGGAUCAUCCUCUUAUUUAAAUGAAUAGUGUGAAUGUGUAUGUGUCUUCCUGCUGCCUCCUGUAUCUUAUUGCCAUUGGUCUGGCCCCAUAAACUGGCCAGUGCUUUGUGAUUAAAGUCUGGAAGCGUG